AUGCUCGACAAAUCGGCUAUUGAAGAUAUAUUUGGCAAAGCGGGAUUCAAAAGCUGGACAAUUUUGCGCCCGGGGAGCUUCCUGAACAACUUCUUGUUCCCAAAGACAAUGAUGUACCAGGGCUUCACGGAAACCGGUGCAUUAGCCACUGCUUUCGCUCCGGAAACUUUGUUGCCCAUUGUUGCUCACAACCACAUCGUCCAGUUUGCAGCAGCAGCAGUCUUCGAUCCUGUCAAGUUCAAUCACCAAGACAUUGAGGUCGAUUCGGAGUUUUGGGGGUCGACACCGUAA